ACACAGUGUGUGUGUGUGUGUGUGUGUGUGUGUGUGUGUGUGUGUGUGUGUGUGUGUGCAACUCGUGAUACACGGAGAACUCUCUGCAACACUCUGAGUGAAGAUAGCAGCACCUUCUUAACAAAGGUGUAGUAAGCGUGAGGGUGUGGAGAUGGAGGUGAAGAGUAACUUGCGGAGGGCCCAGUCGCUCAAGAGCGUCAGCACUGACCACUCUCUGGCCUGGACGGAAGCUGGACUCAGAGACAGGAGGAAGUCUGUUUCUCAGCUCGUGGCCCAAUAUCAGAACUCCAUUAGUGGAAAAGUUAAAGCAGCGGAUUCAGUGGAAAACAAGCAAAGGCUUGCUUUGCAGUUUACUGCCAUCCCCGUCACAGAGUCUGAUAUCAAACCGGACACUCCAGUGCAGAAUAAUGAGACCAAAGACAGGCAGAGGGUUCAGUCCAGCCAUAGCGGCAACUCUCCUCUCAUGCGCAGCAAGUCCAUGGAGAUCCUUCCGCGCCAAAAAAACAUGAGCACAAGCACUCUCAGGGAGCUCUAUGAGUCAAAGGUUGCCAUGCAAUCCAAGAGUGGACACCAAUCCAAGAGUGGUCACCAGACAAAGAAUGACCAAAAGCCCAAGAAUGAUCAACAGCCCAGAAGUGGUCAACAACCAAAGAGUGAUCAACAGUCCAAGAGUGGUCCAAAAUCACAUAAUGACCAGCUCUCUGAGGACAAUUUGAUCAGUCAUAAAGCCACAGAGGAGCAAAUGGUGCAAACCAAAUCAGGGAGCACUAAUAACUAUGUUAAACCAGCAAAACCACCAAAAGAGGAGAAUUUGACCCCAAAGGUGGUGAGAGCUCCACGGGCAGAGAGAAGAAAGACUGUAACGGGAGUAUAUACUGAAAAAGUAUCCUCUCCUGAAGAUGACAAAAGGAAAUCAGACUUCAGAGAUAGCUUCAGAGAUACCCUCUACGGACGGGAGAAUUCCCCUAUUUCUGUCAAAGCCAUAUCUUCACUAUAUCUGUCAAAAGUGGCAGCUGCAGACCCAACAGGGAACCUUUUAAAACCAGAACAAGAUCCUACCUCUCCAGCCAGACCGAAAGUUAGCAAGAUGGCUGAUGCGGUACAAAAAGACUUUGAGCAACAUGACAAUAUACAGUCGAAAGAGGAUGUAAGCAAUCCCAUCCUAACAAAUAGUUCCAGAGAUGAAAGCCUGUCCCCCAUUCCAACACCACUUUCAAAAGAGGCUGUCUCCACACUGUACCAGCAACGGCAGAAAUGUGAGCUGAGGCGACUCUUGAAGCACACCUGUCCAGAGCUGAAGGGCCUGGGCACUGUGGUGGACGAGGAGUUUGCUGACAUACUAAACUCUGGCAUAGCCACAGAUAUCGCAUACGGGGGUGAGGUCCCGUCUAGGCGCUGGAUAUUUGAGAAUGGUGCUGUCAACACUGGGGAAGCAUAUCAAACACAAACCCAUUGGAUGGAGAAGGGUGUUCAAGGGGAACAUGUGUUUGAACAGCCAUCGAGUUGCCUGCAGGAAGAAGUGUCAAUACAAAAAAGAGUGCAAUCUCUUUUGGCUUCUAACAAAGAGCAAACAUCUGAACCAGAGCAAGGAUCUGAAGCACUUGCUCAAGAAGAGAACUUUAGAGUCAAUGUUAAAGCCACUCGGAAAAUGUUUGAAGGUCAGUCAACUGAUGCCUUGAGAGACCAAGAGGAUGUCUUUUCAGGAAGGGUUGUCAUGUCUGAGGAAGAAAAAGGAGCUGUCCAAAAACAAAAGAGAGACUUUGAGAUCUACCAAAAUGACACCGUCAAAAGAAUCAGUCCACUUAACAUUACAGAUCUUACAAACAUGGAUCAGGAUAGUGGCGUAGCAUAUCUAGGCAUAUCUAAAGCCAAAGAGAUCUUUGAAAAGGCAUCACAAGACAAAGAAAACAGCUCACCAGCAAACGAGAAUGUUGGCACAGAGGAUGAAAUUCUGAAGACAAAUGUAAGAAACAGAACCCAGAUGUUUGAGUCAACCCCACUAGAUAGGAUCAACUGGCAAAAUGUGGAAGAACUGGAUACCAUGGAAAAGAGCAUGAGCAAGACCUUAGCUUCUCUUCAUAACUUCAAUGUAAUUCAUUCUCAUGGAAUCCUCAUUGAAGCCAGUGAAGCUGGGCAUGUGAGAAAGGCAAUGUACAACUUAAUCCAAGAUAAAGGUCCAGAAAUUCAACAUGAAGAAACAGUAAUGGGAAGCAUGAAGAGCAUUUUGCUUCAGCUUUUGGCAAGAACAAAUCUCAAAUCAUUUAUAGCCCAUCUGAAAGAGGACGAUCAAGGAAAUAUGGAAAUGAAGUAUGUAGAGGUCCCAACUCAUCAACUUCCAUUCACAGUACACCAAGAUAAAGAGUACAGAACUACAAUCAUGGUUCAAGUCAUUGAAGACCUGCUUGGACAAGAGACAAGUCUAGGAAAAGGUGUUUUAAUACAGGAAUGUGACAUGGGAUCAGUGGAGACUUUAGUUUUUGCUCUUUUUAGACAUGAUGGCCACGAUGCAACAGGUCAAUCAGCAUACUACCUUUUUGGUUCCAGUGACAACAUCAAGGAUCAAAUAUCUCACCCACAGCUUGUGGUGAGCCCACAAAACGAAAGUGAAGCACUUGCUCAAGAAGAGAACUUCAGGGUAGACGUGAAAGCCACGAGAAAAAUGUUUGAAGGUCAAUCAAUGGACACCUUCAGAGGCAACCUGGAUGAUGCUUUUCUAGGAAGAGUUGUGCCUGAAGCAGAUAAAGAUGUUCUGCUAGGUAGAAAGGGUGAUGACUCACCAAAAAUGUGUACCCCACCACCCCCCAUCCAGGAUAAUGAUCUGACAGCUUUUGCAAUUGACAAAAACAGGACAAGUAAUGUGAAACUGUUUCGAAGCUGCAUUGAGAAGGGAGAACUGGACUACUUAAAACAUCUGCAGAGAAGUCCAUCAGAUGAAGAUCUAAGUGUCACUUCUGAGGAAAGGAAGCAAAAUCCUGUUAUUGCUCCAGGUAAUCUAAAGAUGAUCAAAGAACUUUUCACCAAUACAGAUGAUGUUAGGCCUUCACUGCAGUCUGAUAACCCCAUCAGAAAAGAGUUAAAAGAACCAUGUGAAGCCAAUUCACAAGCACAUAAAAAUGAUUACCUUCUGAGCCUUCCAGAGGUUGAAAAAUGGAUUACUGAAAGUGAAAAUGUCGAACCUGGAAGAUCUUUACAGUGUCAGGACGGAAAAAACAUGUGCAGUGAAAACACAGAUGAAGGUAUGAUACUUCAGGUGGAGCUGGUUAAUGUUGCAGAAGAUGAUGAGUUGCUGAACCUGCAAGCAGCCAUCUCGAGUCUCCAGCAGGCCACUGAGGAGGCAAAGGCUCUUCAACAAAGUAUUCAACAGAAGCAACAAGAUACUUCUCCUGCAAAGCCUACACAUCAAAUCAUUGCUCUUGGUUCAACAGAGAACCAACAUUUCACAGAAGCCAUGAAAGAAGAUCAUUUUAGGGAGAGCGAGUCCACACAGAAUCUCGAAAUUGGACACCAACAAGAAGAAAGAGAGGAGGCAAUGAAAGGUAGUGUACAAGCAGCUCUUGAUUCUUUGGGGAAAUCCAGUUUCAACGUCACUAAAGGUGAUUUUAGAGCUGCAAUGAUUUAUAGGAACUCAGGAAAAGCUUAUGCUGGGCAGAAGAAAACAAUACAUGGGGAGACUGCUGUCAGACUGUCUGACGUGGUUGCUGCCUCAGAGGAAAAUAAAGCAUGCCUUUCCUCUCCCCUGCCUGGACAGGUGACUCUAGAGGCACAGCAAGAGGGAGCUGAAAUAGGCCCUUGUCAAGGGCAGCCUAGAAAUAACCCAACAGUAUGCCCCGCUCUAAAAAACCAAGCACACCCAGUGGCUUCUGUUCAGAGCAAAAAAACUCUUGGACCUAAGCCAGCCAUUCCACCUAAACCAGACCAUUUAAAGGUAAACCUUAGCUCUAACGCCAAUGCCAUUCCUGGGUGUGCAACAAAUGCAGGGAACCUAAAUAAAACGCAAGCUGAAACAAACACCAAAUUAAAACAAUGUGCAGAAAAUGAGACAGCAGAACAGCAGAGUCAAGGUCAUAUCAACAUUUGCCCUGAGGGAAAUGUAAGCAUAGAAGAGAAGAGGGACCAAAUGCUUGAAGAACACCAAAGGAGCUGCCCAGCAAACCUGCAAAGCCUAAAUGAAGCUGCCCCAGGAUUUCAAACUGCUCUGCAGAACUUUGGGAUGAAGACAGGCCGAGCUGCACCACCUGUGAAACCCAAAAGAAUCAAAAUGGCCACAAAUACCACUGCUGCUGUUUUGGAGAACAGCCCAAAUGACACACCAGCAGGUGAAGGUGAACAUAAGGAACAACCCCAGAUCAAUGUGAUAAUGAGGGAAAAGAAAGUCAAGACGGAAAGUGAAGAAGAACGAAGACAGAGGCUGUCAGUGCACAUGGAUGAAAUCAUGAGGGGAAACACAAAUGCAGCGCUAGAAAUCUUUGACCAGCUGAGAAAGCAAGAGGAGCUAAAAAAUAUCCUCUCUAAAGUUGAAGAAAUUGAAGAAGAGACGAACCAGGAACAUGUAAGUGACCUUCAAAAGAUAUUCGAGAGUGUACCGGAUUGGGUUGUGCCUCAAAAAAAUGUUAUGGUAGAAGAAAAAGAAGGAAGAUCAGAGAUGGUCUGUGAACGAGAGAUGAUGUCAUCAAUGCAGGUGGCGUAUGGAGACCUUGAAAAAGCCAGUGCUGCAAUAAUUACCCUUAAAGAACAAACAUUGUCAAGGCUUAUGGACAUAGAGGAAACCAUCAAGAAAGCUCUCUAUUCAGUCUCCACACUGAAAUCUGACUCCGACAUUGCAGGACUCUCUGGUUUAUUCAAGGAGUCCAUGAUGGCGGUGCAUAGCUCCCCUAUCUCAGGAAAUAUACGAAAGAUUAGCAUUGGCUCAAGCAAAUCUCCCAGAGUCCAGAAUGGGAAUAACUUAGAUGUUUCUGGGAAGAGUAUUACUGGAGAACCAGCCAUGCAAGCAGACAGACUGAAACCAGAGCUUGGCCUUCCAGCAACUAAGCCAAGGUCAAGUUCUCCUUCCUCGCCCUCUUUCAUUUCCAUCCAGUCUGCUGCCAGAAAGAACACGGAGAAUCCAGCACCCCCAAAUUCUCAAAGAAUUCCUCAGAGCGCAAAGACAGAGACUUUUCAGUCAACAACAUGUUACAACGUGGCUGCUGACCGCAGGCUAUGCUGUGUUACAAAGGGGCCCUCCUGCAGCCCUGCCAGUGAAAGACGGCAAGUCAGUACACUGGAAGUGCAGACGAUCCCUGAGGGAGAGAAAAUCAUAGGCACCAAGACAAUCCGAGAGAAAUACGAAGAAAUGGAUUGUUUCGGCAACAAGUUCUACUCCUCCAAAACGUCCACUGUCAUGACCACUGAGCCUGAAACAAGCGCAUGUUUCAGGAGCAGUCCAGCCACAUCAGAAGUUGUGACCUUUCCAAGAAUCAAUAUAGCCUCUGUUAAAGAAGAUACAGCUUCUUCAUAAGAUGAUAGAAAUAAAUAGGAGAGUAAAGCUCAAGAAAGAUCUACAAUCUGACACACUAAUGUAUUGUUUGAAACUCUAGUGCACCUGUUUGGUUUGCAUUUGAUAGGAUUAUGUUUAUGUUUAAGUAAUGUGUAUGUUUCCGUGGUAAAGUAGUAUUCUUGUUGUGUUUUUUAUUUAUGAAAUCCCAUUCCAUAUGAUUUUCAUUUCAAGCUGAUUUUACAGACAGACUGUCAAGGAAAACAUGUAUUUAUGAUUCGCUAGAAAUGUGGGAAUAAAUCAUUUGUAUAUCA